AUGCGGUCAAUCACUGCUGUCAUCGCCUUCAUGGCAAUGGCUCUCCUCUGCACCUUUGGUAUUGCUGCACCCCAGUCCAAGCCACUUCGAGACAUCUCCACCAACCCGUUUGACUCCAGCAAUGGUCGCCUUCUCGACACCAGUCCCGACAAUUCUACAACCAAUGGAACAGCCAGCAUCCAUACGCAGACGUGCUACAACUAUGUCACAAGUGAGAAGUGGCAGGAUAUGGGUGACUCUGCAUACGUCAACCAGGCUAUCUACGAUCUCUGCAACUCAAUUGCGAUUGAGGCUUUCAAGGGGCUCUCCAAGGGCAAGACUAUAAAGCGCUGCAAGGAGAUCGACGCGGGAACCAAUAACAGGGACUACCACCGCAGCAUCGGCGUGUCUCUCAAGUACAAGGGCCCAUCUCAAGCGUUCAAGGCAAUCACUGCGGGAUACUGCAACGACCUGAUGGAUCACCCAAAGUCGUGUCCCGCGGGUGGAGAUGAUGACAACGUUCGGGUGCCCAACCCUACCUUGCCACCACCAGACAUCGCCGAUGGAUGGCAGGUCAAGGGAGACCCGAAUCGUGGAAGCUGUCGGGAAAACGGGUACUAG